AUGGACCCCGACAUUGCCCAGGCCUUCCAGGAAGAACUGAGCUGCCUCAUCUGCAUGGAUACCUUCAUUAAUCCAGUCACCUUAGACUGCAGACAUAGUUUUUGUCAACCUUGCCUCUGCCUCACCUGGGAAGAAGCCGAGACGCCAGCCAGGUGCCCUGUGUGCAGGCAACACUCCCAGAAAAAAGACCUCAAACCCAACAUCGUUCUGAAGAGUCGGGCGUCCGUGGCCCGCAAAGCCAGCCUCCAGCGAUCCCUGAGCUUCGAGGAAGACAGGUGUGGGCUACACAAGGAGACCAAGCAGAUGUUCUGUGAAGUGGACCAGGUCCUGCUCUGCCGGCUCUGCUCCCAAUCUCAGGAGCACAAGGCUCACCGUCACCAACCCAUCGACAGUGUCGCUGAGGACAGACGCGAGAUGAUCUUAAAGCACAUGGAAACCUUAUGGAAGAAGAUACAAGAAAACCAGAGAAAUAUAAAUGAGAAGAGGAACAUCAUCCACGAAUGGAUUCUGUAUGCGAAUCUACACAGAGGGAUGACCGAGGAUUUUUAUGCAGUAUUGCAUCUGGGUCUCCAGGAGGAAGAACACCAAUAUGCAGAGAUUCUUAUCAAUGAAGAAAGGGUGAUUCUACUGCAACUCACAAUAGUGCAAACGCAAAUGCUUCAGAAAAAGAAUCACCUCAGAACAGUGUAUCAGGAGCUGAUGAAAACAUACCGGAAGCCGGACGUGGAACUCCUCCAGGAUUUAGAAGAUGCGCUAGAACGAUGGAAGUGCGCCUUGCUCUUCAUGCCCCAGCCCUUGAAGCCGCAGCUCAGCGUUCCUCUGCUUCCCGGACUGAUGGAGAGCCUGCAGCAGUACCGAGUGGAGAUUGCCUUCAACCACUGGAUACAGAAUCAACACGUGCUGCCUGAUUAUGUGAGAAACGUUAGACAAGACCCUGAAUAUGCAGCUUUGAAUGACGAAGAAUCCUACUAUCUUGCUGCUUUAGGGUCCCAAGUCUUCAGCUCUGGGAAGCAUUACUGGGAGCUCAUCCUCAACGACUCUUCCACCUGGGCUGUGGGAGUCUGCAGGGAUUCUGCCACAGGGAGCAGCCUCACUCUGAAUGAAUCUGAGGACAUUUUUCUCCUCAUCUUGGGCAAAGGGAAUGCCCAUUGCCCUAUCUUUACUACCUCCCCAUUGCUUCAUCACUAUAUAGAGAAGCCUCCAGGCUGGGUGGGUGUGUUUCUUGAUCUCGACAGUGGAAGUGUGAGUUUUUUGAAUGUUGCUAAGAAUUCCCUUAUCUGGAGGUUUCCCACUGGAUCCCUCCAAUUUCCUGUCAGGCCUCUCUUCCUCUACGGUAACCCAUCAUCAAGUAGAGAGUCUUUAUAUGUGAUGGGAACUCUGUACCAGAGAAUCCUUCUCAACUGA